AUGCCUAAACAGCAGUUCCACCAAGAAUCGUUCAUUCACGCAGCAGGCGAGAUCGGAUACCUCGAAGGACUCACCAUCUCCCACCAAACCAAUGGCGCCAGAAACAAACCGCUACUGCAGUACUUCGGCGGCAUUCCAUACGCCCUACCGCCAGUAGGACCCCAUCGAUUCCGCAAGCCAAGACCAUUGCCAGAUCACUAUCGCUAUGGCACGCGCGUCAGUCCCGGCCGCUUCACGCACUAUUCAGCAACAUGUCCUCAGCCUGACGGCCUGGGGCCGUCCGAUCGAUCGAAGUGGGAUGAAGACUGUCUGCAACUCAACAUCUACCUCCCGGCGAACCGACAGCGUCCCGCGAAAGGAUGGCCCGUCUUCUUCUACAUUCACGGCGGCUUCCUUCAAUGGGGUGGUCCCAAUAUGACGCCUGAGGCGAUGACGCCGCUUCUCAGUGAGACGGCGCUGAACGCUAUCGUUGUGAUGCCUGGAUACCGCCUGAACUUGUUUGGAUUCCUCUCCGGCAAAGAAUUGCAUGCUGAGGCCCAAGCGGACGGUGAAGCGAGUGGGAACAUGGGCUUCUGGGAUCAACGCUGUGCUUUGGAAUGGACGGCGAAGAAUAUUGGGUUCUUUGGAGGUGAUGCGGACAACAUCACCGUUGGAGGGUAUUCGGCCGGCUCGCAUAGUGCGUUCCAUCAGUUGGCUCAUGAACUGUACUUUGUGUCGGAUGAGAAGGCCGUCAUCAAGCGCACCAUCAUGUGGUCCAACUCUCCCGGCGUGCAACCAAGGACGCCUGCGGAUCACCAAGCUCAGUUUGAGGAGUUGCUCACAGCGUUGCGCAUUCCUCUGUCGCUCACGGCGGAAGAGAAGCUCGCGAAGCUCCGCUCGGUAUCUGCGCAAGAACUGGUAGACGUGCAGAACAAGUUGAAGAUCUCCGAGUUCCGAGCGACCACAGACAAUGCCUUCGUUUCCGCAGACUUGUUGGCCAACAUCAACCGAGGAGACUUCGGCAAGCGCAUGAAGAAGCGAGGGAUGAAGCUGAUGAAUGGCGAGUGCAGAGACGAGCAUAACCUCUACGAAGCAUGGAGGACGCCGGCGGCAACCUUUGACGCCGUCCGCACACGCCUCAUCGGCGACUACCCCGAAGCCGUCGUGGACAAACUAAUGCUGCACUACUGCGGGGAGGGCAAGUCUUUACCCCCGGGCGUCAAGGGCUGGCAAGAUCUGUUUGGCCGCAUCUACGCGGACAUGCAAGUGCACCACCUGGAACGCGGCUUCCAUCGCGCCCUCCAGCUCGGAGGCCUCGAGUUCGGCAAAGACGUGCUCCGCUAUCGCUUCAAUUGGCGCGCAGAGUGUGUAGACGGCAUCUUCCCGCGCGAAUGGGGUGUGACGCACGCCACCGACAUGGCCAUCUGGUUCUGGGGGCUGGACUACGGCGAGGGUUUGCUGGAAGCGGAGAAGCAGUUUCUGGCCCCGUGGAACAAGGUCUUUGCCGCCUUUGUACAUGGUGACGACGGCGAGUGGCAAACGAAGGGUGUCAAAGAGGUGAUGCGCCUCACGGCUGAUGGUGAGACGGAUGUGUGGGUUGACAAUCGGUGGGAAGAGGGGUUGAGACUGUGGGAUUUCCUCCAUGCGUCUGGCAGCGCGCCCAUCAAGGCCAAGCUGUAG